AAUGACUGUCGAAAGGCCGCUUUGGAAAACACUGAGAUCUCGGAAGUAAAAGAAGUUUAACAUAAAAAUAGGUAUCGUUGCUGCUGUGUUCGACAUUCUUCAUGAUCAUUACAAUUGAACGUUGACGUCUCGAUUUUAGAUCUACGCCGAGCUUAGAGAAAGCUCCUAUAAUGGUGUCCUGCAUAUCUCAAUCCCAGCCUGGCCGAGCAAUCGGCCUUGAUACGUAGAAGCUGCGGAGAAAGAUCGCCACUUAUUUACGGCUCUCUGCCACCCUCCUAAAGCCUCAACUUAGUGUUGUUUUUGGACUUUGUUAGCUAAGUGAAAAUGGCUUCCAUAUCCAGAAACGUUGCGCAGCAAUUUGAGGUUGAAUUUGAAAAGGGUAAGGAAGCAGAGCAACCUAUUUUUCAGGAACAGCAUGAGGAGCCAACCGAAAAUGAGGUGGGUCCCAACGUCGUGGACUUUGACGGGCCGGAUGAUUCUGCGAAUCCAUUAAACUGGUCUCUACACUACAAGUGGUUCAUGGUUGUGGUCCUUUCUCUGACGGAGAUAAUGGUGUGUGUAUGUCUAUUUUGCCGAGAAACCUUUCAUCUGCUAAUUCGUCUUAGCAAUCUAGGAACCAUUAUCGUGGCUCCCGCAGCACCACAAAUCCUAGCAGACUUUCAUGAAAGCAGUGGUCUAUAUUCUACACUAUUAGUUACCAUCUGGGAAUUUUAGAGCAAUACUAGGUUCCUUUGACUAUCGUACGUCUUGCUGAGCUUUAUGGAAUAUUGGUUGUAUUUAUAUAAUCUUACAAUGUAAGGUUAGUCAAUAACCUUUUUGGUUAUUUUUCUAGAUAAGACGAGUGACUAGUACGGAUGUCGAUAUCAAUGCGCUGAUUGCGUUUCGAUGUUUGUUUAAGUGCGUUGAUAGUUGCAUCUACUACAUUGAACGAUGGGACGAUAAUUAGAUGAUAUUUUUCCUCUAGAGCAGUGAGUGGCCUUUAUCCAUUGUUGGAUACCAUUCAUUAUUAAUCCUAUUAGCGAUGAUAUAUCUCAUUACAGCAACUAGAUAGCGCUGAAUAUUCUAGAUCAUCACAAUUGUAACUAGCAUGGUACUAGUAAGACCUUGCAUAUUAUUUUAUUUUCGAAGGAAACACAUCGAUAUCAUGGUAUCUACUAUUCUCCAGAGAAAAACAAACAUGUAACCAAUCUACAGAUUAAGACAAGAAACGGGAAAUAGAAAUAUAACACCAAGAUCUAAAUACGUGAUGAUCUAGAUGUUCCCAAAAGCGAGAUCUUCCCAAAACCGCAGUUUU